AUGCCUGGUGCUGCUACCCGCGCCGAUCCCGGAUUGGGCUCUCUCUUUCCGCAGCGGCCGCUGGCCCCACGUGCGCUGCCUCACGCCAGGCCACCUGUGCCGCCGGCUGCAUCCCCGUUCCCUGGCUCUGCGAUGGUGAACAGCAGUGUCCUGACGGGACGGACGAACAGUGUGUGUGACGAUGGCCGGUGUGUUUCUAGCAGCUGGCGUUGCGAUGGUGUUGCUGACUGCCUGGAUGGCUCUGAUGAGCAGGACUGUGUGUGCGGGACAAAGAAGGUGCAGUGUCCUGGCACCCACCACUGUAUCCCACACUGGGAGCUGUGCGAUCAGCACCAGGACUGCGAGGAUGGCUGGGACGAGGAAGGGUGUCCCCAGCAGCCCUGCCUGCCUGGGCAGUGGCAGUGCAGGAACAGGGUGUGCAUCAUGGCUGAGUGGAAGUGCAAUGGGAUUGAUGACUGUGGCGAUUCCUCGGAUGAAGAUGUCUGCGCCACCUGUCCACCUGGCAUGGUGCGGUGCGAUGAGGGGAAGUGUAUCCUGGAGUCCCUGAUGUGCAAUGAAGAGGCUGACUGCCUGGACGGUACUGAUGAGCCCAUCACGUGUGAUCAGAGCUGCUUUGUACGCAACGGGGGCUGUGCAGAGACAUGUGCUGACACACACUGGGGAGUGCAGUGCUCCUGCGGGGCUGGCUGGGUGCUGCAGGCAGAUGGGCAGAGCUGUGCUGAUGUGGAUGAAUGCUCCCUGGAGUACAGCCCCUGCAGCCAGCUGUGCAGCAACACCCCAGGCACUUACAGCUGUGCCUGCCUCCGGGGCUAUACCCUGCAGCACGGCACCGCCUGUGAAGUGACAGACAAUGCAACACAGAUCCUGGUGGCCGUGGGGCAGGACCUGGCCCUUCUGGAUGUACGGACCCAAGCCUACCGGCCUCAGCUCUCCACUAAGACCGAACCCCGCGCCCUGGUGUAUGACCAGCUCCGAGAAACCUACUACUGGCUGACAGAGGAUGGCGAGCUCCGCGUUCACUCCCUGGGGAAAGGCACACAGCCCCUUUAUGCAGAUGCCAGAGAGGUGAACAGCAUCUCACUCGACUGGUUCACAGGGCAGCUGUACUGGGCCAGCAGCCAUCCUCCAGCUAUCUGUGCAGGGCUGGGUGAUGGCCGGGGUUAUGUGACAGUGCUGGGGAAAGACAUUGCACCAGAGCAGCUGACAGUGCAUCCGGCUGCAAGGUCACUGUACUGGGUCAACCGUGGGCAGCGAGGCCGGACAGUCAUUGCUGCGGCUGGCAUGGAUGGCUCAAACCGGCGGGAGCUCACAGUGGUGCCCAUGGAGGAGCCUGUGGGGCUAAGCUUGGACCAUGUGGCUGGGAGACUGUACUGGAUUAGCGAGUACAAGGAGUCCAUCGAGACGCUACGGGUGGAUGGCAGUGGGCGCCACUCCUUUCAUGCUGUUCUGCGGAGCCACACGGAGCCUCUGGGCCUGGCUGUGUUUGAGAGCCGGUUCUUCUGGACCGAUGGCACAGAGCUGGUGUCAGCCACCUGGGCCUCUCCCCAGGAGCACGCAGUGUUGCUCCGCGCCCCUGUCUCAGCUUUCACUGUGGUGCACGCACUGCAGCAGCCUCCCCAGCUGUCCAUCAUGUAUGCAUCAGGAAAGGCCAUCUCCCUGGUGCAUGUGGGUCCUGGAGCACACAGCAAAUGGGUACAGGAGUGGCAAGAGCCCUUCCACCUGCAAGAUGUGGACUGGCAGAGGUCAGUGCUCUAUGGAACAGAUGACCGUGGGACGCUGCUGAGUGUUGUGGGGCACCCUGGCAGGAGAGAGGCCAUUGCAACUGGGCAGCCAGUCUGCUCUGCCCGUGUGGACAUCCGCUCGGGGGACCUGUACUGGCUCGCAUGUAACCGGAGGGACAUCGGGGUGAUCCGGACAUCUGACAUGUUCCCGCGCAUCCUGCACCGUGCUCGCAGCAGUAUCCAGCACCUCUUCUUGGACUGGCAGCGGGGUGCUCUGUACUGGCUAGCCCGUGGGCAGCCCCUGCAGCAGCUGAGCCUGGCUGGGGGUGCUCCGUGGGAUGCCUGGAACGAGACAUGGCCUGGAGACCUGCCUGCAGCCAUGGAUAGCAGAGCCUUCAGCGUGCUCUGGAGCUCCACCCUGGGCCUGCAGGCGCUGAGUCUGACCAAGCGGCAAGCAGUCACCCUGGCACCCAGCUGGCCCCACGGCCUUGUGGCAGCCUUUGAGCCAUAUCUGGUGUCGGCAAAUGGGACAGCUCUGCUACUGUGGGACCGGAGGACACUGACCCUUGUGCUGUCCAUGCCAGCAGCAGGCGUGCAGGGUGUAGUGGCCUUCGUGGCCUUGGACCUGCAGGCUGUGCCACCAAGCAAGGGGUCUGCCCUGCCACUCCCUCCACCUGUGACUACCACUAUGAGGACAAUCACAAGCACCACUACUGCUCGUCCCACCACGUCCACCACAAGAUCUACACCAAGCAAGACCACCACUGUGCUCACCACUAUUCCUGCACCAACCAGCAAGGCCACCACCAGCAGCCGGUCCACACCAACCACCACCAGCCAGUCCACAUCAACAAAAACCACCCCUCUGCCAACCACUGCCACACCAACCAAGACCACCACCGUGCACCCAACAACCACCAGCACCACCACCACCACUCCAGCUUUGCCAACUAAGGUCAUCGUCCCACGGCCAACUACUACCACCCAGCACUCAACCAGUCCUGCACGGGUAGUGCCACCUACCCCACCACUCCCAUCCAGCCCUGCUCACCCCCUGACCCCAGUCCUUCAUCUGUCCUGUCCUCGCACACACGUGUCCUGCCGUGAUGGCACUGAGUGUGUGGCUCAGGAGUACCUGUGUGAUGGGGAGAAAGACUGUGCAGAUGGCUCUGAUGAGGAUGGGUGUGCCCAGCUCUGCAACACCCCAGGGGCCUUCCACUGCGCGAGCGGAGCCAUGUGCGUCGGGGCGGGAGAGCGCUGUGAUGGGGUGCCCCAGUGCCCCGAUGCCUCAGAUGAGACAGGCUGCUGGACCCCCACGCAGGAGUGUGCCCUGCGCUGUGACGCUGCCACCCGCUGCAUCCCCAAGAGCUGGCUGUGUGAUGGCCAUGCUGACUGCCUGGACCACACUGACGAGCAGGGCUGUGCGCCGAAGGAGUGUGGCCCAGCUGAGUUCCCCUGCCGGAAUGGGCAGUGCGUGGCCCUGGCCCUGCACUGCGAUGGUGACCACGACUGCCAGGACCACUCAGACGAGGAGGGCUGUGCUGUGCCCCGGCCACUGCUCUGCCGUGCGGGUGAGGUGACGUGUUCCCACAGUGGGGAGUGUGUGCCGGAGGCCUGGCGCUGCGAUGGCGCUGCUGACUGUGGGGAUGGCACAGACGAGCAGGACUGUCCUUGGGAGGAAGCGCUGUGUGGGGACCAGCAGUGGGGCUGCUCCCAUGGCCAUGAGUGCAUCCCUGAUGUCUGGCGCUGCGAUGGAGAGACUGACUGCACAGAUGGCAGUGACGAAGCUGGCUGCCAGCCUGCUCCCUGCCAGAGUCAUGAGUACCCCUGUGGGCUGGGGGCCUGCCUGAAUGCAUCCUUGGUGUGUGACGGCCGGCAGGACUGCGCGGAUGGCUCAGACGAGGGGGGAAACUGCUCUGUGCCCUGCAAACAGUCCUGCGCUCAUCUCUGCUACCCCUCGCCCCAGGGCCCUCGGUGCUGGUGUGGCCCAGGCUAUCGGCUUGCCAAGGAUAGUCUGUUCUGCAUGGACAUAGACGAGUGCACCGAGUGGGGUGAGGGAGCCUGCAGCCAAACAUGCCUCAAUGCCCCAGGGUCCUACAGCUGUGGCUGUCUCCCUGGCUACCUGCUGGAGCCCGAUGGCCAUGUCUGCAAACUCACUGGACCAGAGCCCGUGUUGCUGGUGGCUGUGCAGUCAGAGGUGUUGUCCUAUGGCCUGCGGAGUGGGCGUAAGGAGGUGCUGCUGGCCACUGACAAGGAUCGCGUCGUCUUCUCACUCGACUAUGACUUGGUGGAGAGGAAAGUCUUCUGGAUGGACCUGGCCACAGAGAGCAUCCGCUGGCAGGACCUCAACUCGGGCAAGAAAGGCACACUGGUGAAAGGUGUGAGAUCAGACUGUAUAGCAGUGGACUGGCUUGGGAGGAACCUGUACUGGACAGAUGGUGCAGCAGGACAGGUGCUGGCCACUCGCUUGGGCGCUGCCUGGCAAGGGAUACCAGAGUACACUGUGGUGAUGGAUGGAGACCUGGACCAGCCCCAUUCUCUGGUGCUCCAACCUCUGGCAGGGCUGCUGUACUGGUCAGAGGUGGGGAGCCACCCACGGCUGAUGGAGUCCACGAUGGACGGGAGUCGGCGGCACGUGCUGCUGGCCAAGGGGCUGGGCUGGCCCACAGCACUAGCCCUCGACCUCCCUACCCAGAGGAUCUUCUGGCUGGAUGAGAAGCUGGGCAGUGUCAGUUCUGCAAGUCUGGAUGGCACCAGUGUGAAGGUCCUGAAGCUGAGCUGGGUCCGGAGCCCCUUCGCGGCGGCCGUGUGUGAGGGCCAGAUCUACUGGUCAGAGAGGAAGACAUGGUCCGUGCAGCAGGUGGACAAGGCCAGUGGCAAGAACAGAACCACGCUGCUCAAGCAGCACGGGCAGCCUCAUGGCCUCAAGGUGAUGCACCCAGCCCUGCGCCCCACAGCCCCUAACCCCUGUGAGACACGUGGCUGCUCCCACCUGUGCCUGCUGAGUGCCAGGCACACUGGGCAGUGCCGGUGCCCUGCCAGGCUGGUGCUGGCUGCCGAUGAGACCACCUGCCUGCCCCUCCGUGAUUCAGCCUUUGCUCUCCUGGUGUCACCAGCAGCUGUGGCACAGGUCUACCUGAAGGACCUGCCUGCAACAUCUGGAUCCCAAGAGCUUCCCCUGCACCAGGCCCUGCCCUUGGCCAAGGUGGGCCACCUGACAGCCAUUGACUACGCAGUGAAAGACAAGAGUUUGUACUUUGCAGAGGUGGGAGGCAACUCCAUCGGACUGCUGCGCCUGAAGGACUGGAGACGGCUGUCCUGGAAGAAGGCAGUAGCUGUGGAGGGCACAGUGACAUCCCUGGCCUUGGACUGGCUGAGUGGGAACCUGUACUGGAUCAGGGGGCAGCUGCCCAGCAUCCAUGUGGCAGCUCCUGGGGGGCGGUGGGCCCUGACACUACUCAGUGAGGGGCUGCAGGGUGCUGCCUGGCUGGCACUGUGCCCUCGUGCCUCCACCAUGUGCUUUGUCACAGCAGCUGGCAGCCAUGCGCCCGGUGCCACAGUGGAGUGUGCAGCCAUGGAUGGCACUGGCCGCAGAGUGGUCUGGAGGAGAGCCCGGGCUCCCACUGGCCUCACCUUUGGGGCUGCUGGCACCAGGCUGUACUGGGCAGACCACGAGAGAGGUACCAUCAGCAGCAUCGAGCUGGAUGGAUCCCACUUUCGGGUGGUGCGGGAAGGGCUGCAUGGUCUCUCACUGUUUGCCAUAGGAGAAGGCUUUCUGCUCUGGAGCACGACCUCAACCAAUGGAUCCAGCAAGAUCUGGCACAGCCGGCUGGAGCGGGCCGAGAGGUGGUGGUUCACAAUGGAGAAGGAUUUGGUAGCCAUGAGGAUUUACAGCCAGUUCUCACAGGAAGGCACCAAUGCCUGUGCAAAGAGCAACGGGGGCUGUGCCCAGCUCUGCCUGCCCAACCCUGCCGGGCGGCAGUGCCGCUGCUCUCACGGUUACCACCUCGUGCGUGGAGCAGCAUGUGCACCAGCAUUGUCCUGCCCUGCCACGCUCCAGCCCUGCCCUGACCUCCAGAGCUGCAUCUCUGGAGAACAGGUCUGUGACGGGCGCUCUGACUGCGCUGACGGCUCCGAUGAGUCUGACUGCCCCUCCCAGCAGGUGGGGACGCAAGUCCCCGCAGUGUCACCAUCAGGAAUGUCCCACGUGGAAGAACAGAAACCAGCCUCACCCGCAACUGCACUGCAGCCUCGGCAGCCCAGCCCCAGCCCACCCGCAGCCCCUGGACCCCGGGAGCACGGAGAGCCCUUCCUGGUACCCCCCAGCACGGAGGAGGUGCUGAGGGCUGUACCGUGCAGCAGCGAGACGUGCAACCUGCGCGGGGACUGCGCCAUCGAGGCCGGGCGAGUGACGUGCCACUGCGCCCUGGGCUAUCGUGGCGACUACUGCGAGGAAGCAGAGGUGCAGCCCCUCGCAGGACCCAUCGUCCUGGGCGUGGCCGUUCUCCUCUUGCUCGCUGCUGCUGCUGUGGGGGCCCUGGCCUACAUGCGGAGGCGGGACAGGCGGAGGAGGACCUCAAGCACUGCUUCCACCCGGGUGCUAACCUUGUACCACCGUGAAAGUGACCCCGAGGAAGAGGAUGAGGAGGAGGAGGAAGAGCUUCCCCCCAAGAGUGAUACAUUUGUGAAUGAAGCUUACGAUGGGAAAGAGGAGCUGCCAGCUCUGCCAAGGAAGGGACCAUCUCACCCCAACACUGUAUUUUCAUAAAGGAACGUUGUGCAGCA